AUGAAUAGCAAAGAAAAGCAGCUGGAGCGAGCGCGUGUCGCACCUCUGCCGCUGCUGCUGAACGCGCACAUAGAGCGCUGGCUCCUUGAAGAUGCCCCAUCCUUCGAUUUCAGUGGUUCUCUCGUAGAUCUGCGGCCCGCUAGUGGAACGCUCUGGCAGAAAAGUGCUGGCGUCGUGGCGGGACGUCCGUUCUUCGACGCGGUCUUCGAAACACUCGGCUGCAGCGUCACUUGGCGCGACGAAGGUACCACUUCUACCACUAGUCUAGAAGGACAGUACUGGGAUGGCGCGGAAGGUAGUUCGAGUGCAGGCAAACGACCUCUUGCCACCGUUCGCGGGCCUGCUCGGCGUUUGCUCCAGGGCGAGCGCACCGCCUUGAACUUGCUUUCACGCUGUUCGGGUGUUGCGACGCGUGCUCGCCAGUUCAAGCAACUCUGUCGGGUACGCCAGUGGCAUGGUGUCAUCGCGGGAACACGUAAAACGACGCCAGGGUUUCGACUGGUUGAGAAGUAUGGCAUGCACAUUGGUGGUGCUGACAUGCACCGGGUGGACCUCUCUGGCAUGAUCAUGCUAAAGGAUAAUCACCUGGCCUGCAUCGGGCUGGAGCUCCAGCGAGCACCCGAUGACCCAAUCGUCAUUCAAGAGGCCGUUCGCAGAGCACGCAACUGUGCUGGUUUCUCAGUCAGCGUCGAGGUUGAGUGCGGUUCGGAAGCGAGCGCCCUUGCCGCCAUCACAGCGGGCGCCGAUGUGAUUAUGCUGGAUAACAUGGAUCCAGAGACUUUUUGUGAGACAGCGAAACGGCUCCGUGAGAAGACCGCAACCAUGCCCCAUUGUCGGUACCUGAUCGAAGCGAGUGGUGGUAUCACGCUGGAAACAGCACCUCGCUAUAUGUGUGCUGCUGCGGACAUUAUCAGCGUGAGCUUAUCGCAGGGAUACGAGUGCGUUGAUUAUUCGUUGAAAGUAUCGUUUACGAACCGUGAAGCCUAG